UCUAAAAAAGAGUCUCGAGAACAGACCGCGGACUCAUUUUGUACGGAUAAUUCCUCUUUCCUUCUGAAAAUUAGGGCUUGCGAUUCGAUGGGCAUUGAUCCAGAUAUUGCAAAAUGGGUGUUGGAGUUCCUUCUCAGGCAGCCGCUGAACCACGGGACCUUGAAAUCCUUGCUUCGCGUUUUGCCACUCCGGGACGACGAUCCCAAUUUGAAAAAAUUGCUUCUGUUGAAGAAGGUAGAGUCGGACGCGGCGAGAGAUUUAAUUUCUGAAGAGACUCUGGAGUCUCUGGAGCAAUUGGGGGAAUUGGAGUUCCGUAAGGGGAAGGAGAAUAUUUCCGACGCCAUGAGGCGGGCGUACUGCGCAGUGGCAGUGGAAGCGACGGUGAAGGCUCUGGCGAAUGAGGAUGUGGGGGAUGAUCUCAGCCGGUUCAGGUAUUUCGAGAUGGUGAAGAGGGUCUGGAGGGGGCGGAUGGGAAGAAUGAAGGAGAUGAUGGGGGAGGGAGGAUUGGGUUCGGAAGAGCUUUGGGCGUGGAAGGACGAGGUGGAGGCUGCGGUUUGGGAUGACAAUGUCCAUGACGUAGUGGCGAAGAAGAGCCUGGAAGUUAAUGCUGUCGAGGCAGUUGAUACUUAUGUGAAAAAAGAAAGGGAGAUGAUGGGACCUUCGUUUCUUGAAGUGGCGGCUGCGAGAUUGAAGAAUGAUGAGCUUAUGCAGAGGAUGAAGCUAGGAGUGGGAAGUGUUGCAGGCCGAGUUUCCGAAAAAGAAGAGUGUAGUCAUGAUGGUUUGAUUGAAGAUGAUAGACAUGGCAGCAAUAAAGUUAUGGUUUCUGUAGAAAUCCACAAAGGAAAGAUUCACCUUAGAAACAAAGUUGUUGGAUUGAGACACUGUGGAGGAUCAGCAUCUGGAAAAUCAAGAAGAACAAAAAUUGUUGAUUCAACUGAAACAACAGCGCCCUCAUGUCCGAAUUAUGAUUUACAACACAGUGCAGAAGUUCAUAGAGUUAGAGAAGCCCUUGAGUCAAGUUCAUUGGAGCUCAAAGCUGCUGUGAAGGAUCCACUUCCAGAAGCACUACAAUAUGCAAAAGCCAUUUCGAGUGAGGCAAGAGAACGCAAACGUCAUCGUCCUGUAGAAGACAAUUGCGUUGAAGUCCAACCCAUCAGCCAUGAUGGUGGACGAGAAAAAGGGGUCUGUGAUCCUUUAAAAGAGAAUUGUGUUGAAGCUAAUACUGCAAAUGGUAAUGGAGUUGAUCGAGAUAUUUCUCAUAAUGCGAGCAAUGUUCGUAAGCCAAGUUUGAUGGAAAGGAAUGCUACUGCCCACACUUACGAGUGGGAUGAUUCAAUUGAUCGAUCACAAGAUGACUCUUCAGAUCAUCGACGAAGACUUCUCUUACCCAGCCCCAUAGUGUUUAAUCCUUCUCCCCUAAAGAGACAGGUAAGUACCAAUUUGAACAGGAGACGGAAACCCAAGAAAUGGAGCCUUUUCGAAGAAGAUGCGCUAAGGGCUGGGGUUCAGAAGUAUGGAAAAGGCAGUUGGAAGGUCAUUCUCACUGCCUACCACGACGAAUUUGAAGAUAGAACGGAAAUCGAUUUGAAAGACAAGUGGAGAAACAUGACCCGGCAUGGAGGUGUCUGACAGAAGUUCUUGGAGGACAGAAAGCUGUAUAUUUUGACGAAGUUUAAGCCAAUAGCGAAGUAGUACCGGGAAGGAAGUUUGAAAGAUGAAAACAAUCCCCAUGGGGGAGUGAAUUAGAAUAUCAAAAGCUUAAGUGCCUAUGUUACAUUAGUGGCCUUGUUGAAUCCAUUUUUUAUUUUUAUUUUUAAUUAUUAUUAUUAUUAUUCAAUUAUAUAUAAUACAAUAAAAGAAAUAAAAUCCAU